AGUACCAACCCAAAAAAAAAAAAUCCUAAACAACGAAAAUGACGCAAAGAAAAAUUUUCGAAGUUUUAUCCGAAUUAAACGAUUUAAAUGAUACGAACUCAUCAAGAAGCGUUUUAAACGAAUUUUCGGACUUAAAAUCCAAAGAAUUUGAUGUAAUUUCAAGCGGAUUAUCUCAAAUUGUUUAUGCUACGAAUAAAGAAGCAAACAUAACCUCAAAUUUAAGAAGGAACCAAAUAAUUAAUUUGAUUAAAAAUUUAACUCAAACACCACAAAAUCAUUUCAACGUAACCAAACAAAAUCACAACUUGAUUUUUAAAAAAAUAUUAACCCGAUUCGAGUCUAAUUUGGGUGAGAAAGAACUCGGGAAUGAUUUGAGAACGUUUUAUGCUAAAAGCGAUGAGAAAUGUUUAAGGAUUAAUCAAAAAUUGGAGUUUGUGCUAAAACGGGAUCAAGAAAUGAUUAAAAAUGAUGAUUUUGAUGUUAAUAUUAACUUAAAUCGGGGUGAUACAAAAAGUUUUGAUGAAAUCUAUUUCGAUUUAACCCAAAAAAAGUAUAGGAAUAAUUUAGAGAUUAAUUGCGUUAACGAAAACGAUUUCACUGAUCUUAUUAAGUUGCUUUAUGCUUGGUGCAACUUAAACGGUGAUUAUAAAGAGUUAAAAAAUGUUUUAAAGUUACUUAAAAGUUACUCGGAACGUUUUAAGGAUUGUGAUGAAAUUAAAAAAGAUUUGAUUUGGUGUAUUUGGAACGAUAUAAGUUCACAAGAUGAUUUAAAAUUGAUUUUGGAGGAAUUUCCUUUUAUUUUGGAACAAAAAUUAAUUCAAGUUUCUAAAAAAAUUGUUGAAUUGGAAACUUUUAAUGUUCAAGAUUUUUUUGAAUCGGAAGCGGUUUUGGCUCAAUUACUACAAGAAGAUUGUUUAAAAAGAACCGCUUUAUUAAUUUUAUAUGAAUUAUUUGCUUUAUCUGGUUAUAAUCGGAGAAUUUUAAGUUUUAUCGAAGAUUUUAAUAAAACGAUUUGAAGUUAGUACCAACCAAUGAAAAAGAAAUCCCUAACUGUGAAAAUGACGCAUAGAAGAAUUUUCGAAGUUUUGGCCAAAUUAAACGAUAUUAAUAUAACAAAAAUCGUUUUAAACGAAUUUUCCAACUUAAAAUCAGAAAGAUUGGACGUAAUUUCAAGCGGAUUAUCUCAAAUUGUUUGUGCUACGAAUAAAGAAGUCAAUAUAACCUCAAAUUUAAGGAGGAACCUAAUAAUUAUCGCGUUAAUCGCAAGAAAAUAU